GAGAAAAAGAGUCAGGAAGUUAAUUCUGCGCAAGAAAACUUAAACGAAGACAUCUUAUUUUUCAAAGAGACAUGUGCCAGUACUGUCAUACAUGCAUUCCUCAUAGCUAUCUUUCGCAUCGAUGGACCUUUUGCAGCACGUGUGACUAAAGUGACAUACAUGUGGCUUGCGAUGAGUACAGUAGACAGGUAA